AUGCUAAAAGUAAUGUUUUAUUGGCUUUAUCUGCUUUUGGAUAUAACAUAUUAUUGCUGUGUGUAUGUGAAUACAUUCACGGGUAUAGGUUUCGCGCUUUUUUUAUUUUAUGACGUAUAUAGGGUUUUAUUUAUUUCUUUAUUGGUAGUUUGUUGUAUUUGUAUGUUUGUAUUUGUGUUUGUAUUUGUGUUUGUGUUUAUGAUGUGGUGUGGGUUUUAUAUACAGGUAUGGUUGUUGUUGUUUAGGUUGAUUUAA